UCGGAAGUAAAAAUAUAGUAAAAUAUGUGAUUUCAAUAUCAAAUUAUCGGAAAAAUCUUGUCCCAUAUUCUUUUGGUUUUGUUUCAACUACUAAAUCCAUCGUGAUGAAACACGAACCUUUACAAUCUGAAGCAUUUUUGUCCGAGUCGUACUAAACGUACGGUUUCUCGUGCUACUCCAAAACGUGAGUCGCUGUACAACGCUCCUACACACAUCGUUGGCUACCACACUCUAAAUCGCACUUCUCAGCAAUGGUAUUGUCACCGGCAGGAGAUGGGAGAUCUCUAUGGUACAACUUUUGACCUACUUGUACGAGUAUGGACUACUAAAUCCAUCGUGACGGGAAUAUCGCCCAUGAUAAGAGAAUCUCCAAAAUCAACCUUAUUUUUACAGUUGAGUGAACCUCAAAUCUGAUAUUCUCUAGUGGUAAAACCUUACAUCUGAUUUUUUUUAAAAAAUAUUUGCAUUAUAGUCCUUAAGAUUGAUUAAAGAUAAUAAAAAUUACAAACAUUUAUAAAUAAUAAAAUAUAUAUUAAAAAGUAUCACAAACAGUAUUAACAUUAUAUUAUAAUAAAUGAGAAUUAUAAAAACACAAAUUAAAUCAUAAAUUAUUAGUGAAAUACCAAAUUACUCAAUAUAAUUAUUUUUACAAUGUUCAAACACAAGAUCAAUUAAUAAAUGUCAAAAUAAUAUAAAACACAUUUAUUAAAUAUACAUAGGUUAUGAGCUUAAAUUUAUCGAAACUAACAAUUAUUAUGCAAAAUAUUUAGAAAAUAUCAAUUAUAAGGACUAAAAUGACAAAUAUAAAAGUUAACAUGGUUAUUUAAAAGAUACAUAACUGUAGAAAUGAAAAAAAAUUUAUAAAACUUAAUAUAUAAGAUUUUGACAGUCAAACCUCAAAUUUAAAAUUUUACUGUUCAAAACACUAAAAUUUGAGGUUUUGAAGUUGCUCUUGGAAUAUAUAAAACUUUAUAUUUGAUGUUUUAAACUUGUUCUUGGAGAUGUUUUAAGGCUGUCCAUAACUUUGACUUCAUUAAGAAAAGCUAUCAGAAUAAAAAUAUAUUAUAUCUUGUAAUGUGAAAAUAGUAAUUUUGAAAACUUUUUAGAUAUUCCUGACAUAUUCACGAGGUACUUCUCACAAUUAGUUAUAAGAGGCCUUUAAUUAAAAAUUAAUUAUAACUAAUUCAUAUUAAAAUAUUAGUAGUGUUUUUUGUCUGAUUUUUUUUUAGGAUGAAGGUGCUAGGUCCAAAAUAUUAGUAUGAGAAACUGCCCCCUAUAUACAUAAAAACACAAAUUCACUAUUUAACCAAAAAUACUCGCUCUCUUCGUUUCUCUCUUUAAUCUCUCGCUAAAAAUCUAAUUACUCUUUUUGAUUAUUUGGAAAAUAAUCCCUAAUAAUAUUGACCACUUUUUUUUUCUUUGGGUGUCAAUAACUUUACCGAUUCAAAGAUGAUUAAUAUCUAGAUAAUCAGCUGUGAUUAGAAUUUAUUAUACACUGUUUGGUUUUGUAAUAGCCCAUCAAAAGACUGGUUAUAAAUCCAAGUCUUGAAAUCUCACUUAAAUUAUUUUUCCAUUUGGUGUUUAAUUGUUUUAUUUAGACACAUAAGGUAUUACCCCAUCCGCCACUAUACUUUUUACUUAUUAGUGAUGAUAGAGGUUGCACAUGAGCAUAGGGGAAGAUUUAUAUAUAACCAGAACUUUCCAGUUAACCAUAUUAAAUAAAAGAUAGUUUGGAGAUAUUAUAUAAACUGCGCCUCUGUGGUUUAAUUUAUUUUAAGAUUAUCAACUUUCUAUUUGUUAGAACAUAUUUUCAGAGACUAAGGCUCCAAAUGGUAACUGCGGUUUGAGCGGUGCGGGACAAGCGGUUUAACUGCGGUGUGAUUUUAACAGUUAUAAAAAUGUAUAGAUAUAUGGUAUAUGUAUAUAUUUUUGUUACUGUUAACUGUGGUGCGGGGCAGUACGGUUCGUAACAUUCGAAGCCUAAGAGUUCUCCCCUUGUCACAAACUGUUCCACUGAUUUGGUUUCUCGUGCCUCCAGUUCUAUUGUUUCGGACAUUGCAAAGAUUGUUUGUGAUGAUGUACGAUGUUGGAAACGGGCUUUACCCCCACUUCAUACCCAGUGUAAGAACUCGGUUUAGUGUCAACAAUUUCCGGUAAAAAAGUAUAUAUGUUUUUGAACCCACUCUAAGCUGUACUUAGCACCAAGCUGAACUGUCGGACCAAAAUGUAAACGAAAUCAAGACAGUAAAUGUAAUUUGAAAGGCAUCUGAUACCCAGCGAAUAUCACGUCGCUCUUAUGAUCUACUUUCAACACCUAUAAAAGAAGAGCCAAGGAAAAUGAGAAGGGGAUCCAAGUUUUAUAUAUCAAGCUUAUAUUCUAACUACUAUUGUACUCUUUUAUUUUCAUAUAUCCUACCGCUCUUCACAAUUGUAUCAAAUCAUAAGAUCAAUAAUAUACAUUUUUCUUACAAGAUCAUCAGUAGACAUUUUUUUAUAGAUUACUUACUCGAUAUGCUAGUCUAAAUCAUAACCCUAAUUUUUGAAGUGAAUUUUGAGCUACCGUUAUAUCUUGUCAUGGGAGGUCCUGGUUGGUUAUACAACCGCUAAUCAUGGCGUUUAAUUUUGUAUUUGUGUUUUUCUUCUUCUUGAGAUUCAUUCUUUUGAGCUAAUUGUUAUUAACAAUUUUGGAAACUGAACUCAAACGGGGGAAAGAAAUGACUUUUUAUAUAUAUAUAUGAAUUAAUUACAAUAAGUCAAAUUGAUUUUAUAGGUCUUUGAUUGGUCGUCUGUGUGGUUGACCUGAAGAGAUGCUUUCCUCAGGACUUUCUAUUUUUAGUAAUCACUUCAUGCGUAUUGAUCAUUCCUAACUAAAUAAACAUAAAAAUAUACAAACGAUUCAAAAAUCAGUGCCUCUCCUACUUUUUCUCCUUGUCGAAUAAUUCGAUUAAACCAGAAAAAAAAACAAGACAAACUAAUAGGAAAUAAGAUAGAAUUAUAAGAUCUCCGACGAUUCUUUAAUCAAUUACUGGUCCCGGAGAAAAAAUGAUGAAAAAUAACAGUCCUAGCGAUGAAAAAUGGAUGUUAGAGAGUGUAGAGAUCGAUACAAUGGGUGAUACUUCUUCCAAAAAGCCAGACAUUAACGUCAAGAAGAACGAAGGUGGUCUGAAGAAGACUGCGUCAAGGGGUGUGGGAUCGAUAAUCCGCACGUUGAGCGUUUCGAACUGGAGAAAGAGCGGUAAUCUUGGCUCGCCAAGCACGAGGAAAAGCGGUAACCUGGGCCCUCCAGGUGCCGCGGUCCUUCCAAAGAAGGGUCCACAAAGAGUAGAGAGGACAACAUCUAGCGCUGCUAGGGGACUCCAGAGCUUACGGUUCCUUGAUCGGACGGUCACGGGAAAGGAAAGAGAUUCAUGGAGAUCUAUUGAGAACCGGUUUAAUCAGUUUUCUGUUGAUGGCAAAUUGCCUAAAGAGAAGUUCGGCGUAUGCAUUGGAAUGGGAGAUACAAUGGAGUUUGCGGGAGAAGUUUAUGAGGCAUUGGGUCGGAGAAGGCAAAUAGAGACAGAAAGUGGUAUUGACAAAGAACAACUUAAGCUGUUUUGGGAAGACAUGAUCAAGAAAGAUCUCGAUUGUCGUCUCCAGAUAUUCUUCGACAUGUGUGACAAGGACGGAGAUGGGAAGCUCACGGAAGAUGAAGUGAAAGAAGUCAUUGUCUUGAGCGCAGCCGCUAACCGCCUAGGGAACCUUAAAAAAAAUGCUGCCGCUUACGCUUCUUUGAUCAUGGAAGAACUCGAUCCUGAUCACAAGGGAUACAUCGAGAUGUGGCAGUUAGAAGUGCUCUUAACAGGGAUGGUGUCAAACGCUGAUACGGAGAAGAUGAAGAAAUCUCAAACGCUGACUCGAGCCAUGAUCCCAGAGCGGUACAGGACGCCAAUGAGCAAGUACGUUUCGGUGACCACAGAGUUAAUGCACGAGAACUGGAAGAAAAUAUGGGUCCUCACUUUGUGGCUCCUCAUCAACGUCUAUCUAUUCAUGUGGAAGUACAACGAAUUCAUGAGAAGCCCUCUCUACAACAUCACCGGACGCUGCGUUUGCGCCGCUAAAGGCUCGGCGGAAACGCUUAAAUUCAACAUGGCUCUAAUCUUGGUCCCAGUCUGUAGGAAAACCCUGACUAUGCUUAGGUCAUCGUUCUUGAGUCGCAUGAUCCCAUUCGAUGACAACAUUAACUUCCACAAGGUGAUUGCGUAUGCUAUCGCCUUCCAUGCAUUGCUACACACGCUGCUACACCUUUUCUGUAACUAUCCUAGGUUAAGUACGUGCUCUUACGACGUGUUCUUGAAGUAUGCUGGAUCUGCCUUGGGACACACGCAACCGAGCUAUCUUGGUUUGAUGAUGACGUCAGUGUCAAUCACUGGAGUUUUUAUGAUUUUUUUCAUGGGAUUCUCGUUUACGCUCGCGAUGCAUUAUUUUAGAAGGAACAUAGUGAAGUUGCCAAAACCGUUUAGCGUUCUUGCUGGGUUUAAUGCGUUUUGGUAUGCUCAUCAUUUGCUGAUUCUUGCUUAUGUUCUUCUCAUUCUUCAUGGUUACUAUCUUAUCAUCGAGAAGCCUUGGUACGAGAAAACGACAUGGAUGUACGUGGCCGUUCCGAUGCUGUUCUACGCAAGUGAGAGGCUUUUCUCACGUGUUCUUCAAGACCACAGCCAUCGUGUCCACGUGAUUAAGGCUAUUGUAUAUUCGGGAAACGUUCUUGCACUUUACGUGACCAAACCUCCCGCGUUCAAAUACAAAAGUGGCAUGUACAUGUUUGUCAAGUGUCCUGACCUCUCACAAUUCGAAUGGCAUCCAUUCUCCAUCACUUCUGCACCUGGAGAUGACUAUUUAAGUGUUCACAUAAGAGCCUUAGGUGAUUGGACAACUGAACUUAGGAACACAUUCGCAAAGACAUGCGAGCCCCCUCCUCAAGCAGCCGCAAAGCCUAAACCAAAUAGUCUUAUGAGGAUGGAAACAAGAGCAACAGGUGCAAAUCCCCACAUUGAAGAAUCACAAGUCUUGUUCCCAAAGAUAUUCAUCAAAGGACCGUAUGGAGCUCCAGCACAAAAUUAUCAGAAGUUCGAUAUUCUUUUGCUGGUUGGACUAGGGAUUGGAGCAACUCCAUUCAUAAGCAUAUUGAAAGACAUGUUAAACCAUCUAAAACCCGGGAUUCCCAAAGUUGGGCAAAAGUACGAAGGAAGUGUAGGAGGAGAGAGCGUAGGAGGUGAUAGUAUUAGUGGUGGUGGAGGCAAGAAGUUUCCUCAGAGAGCAUAUUUUUUUUGGGUGACAAGAGAACAAGCUUCCUUUGAUUGGUUCAAGGGAGUUAUGGAUGACAUCGCCGAGUAUGAUAAAACCCAUGUGAUUGAAAUGCAUAACUACUUAACAAGCAUGUACGAAGCAGGAGAUGCAAGAUCUGCCCUAAUCGCUAUGGUUCAGAAACUUCAACAUGCUAAGAAUGGUGUUGACAUCGUCUCCGAAAGCCGGAUACGAACACAUUUUGCAAGACCCAAUUGGAGGAAGGUUUUUUCUGAAUUGUCAAGCAAACACGAAGCAUGUCGAAUAGGCGUGUUCUACUGUGGAAGUCCAACACUGGUUCGACCACUUAGAGAUCUUUGUCAGGAGUUUAGUCUCGAGUCAUCCACUCGUUUUACUUUCCAUAAGGAAAACUUUUAACCAAAACUACAUUUUUUGGCAAGCAUGUUAAGUUUUACGUACCAAAACUAAUCUUAUUACUAUUAUUGAACUAAAGAAGCCGAUUUUGAUGAUCACAUUGUAAUUAGUUGGUGACAUAAUGUAACGUAAUCAUCCCGUAAAAUGUACAGUAACAUUUUGAUUAAGCAAAAACCUCGAGUAUAUUUUGCUUAACUUGUUUGAAUAUCAAGAAUUUGUUCUUUAAUUUCUUUUUCUUCUCUUAGUAAUCUUUUUGAUUGUUGCCAAAAGUCUCAGAAAUGGACAUUUCAAAAUGUUCAUUUUAUUUUUGGAACCAAUUUUUUUUAAUAAGCUAAUAUUACAUAUACAAAAUUAAGGUGCACAAAUAAAAAAUACUAAAAAUAGAAUUAUAAUUUAGUUUUAAUUAACUAUUUAAUCUACCUGAUUUUGAUUUCUUUUUCUUAAUUAACGUACCCCUCAUGUAUGGAUAGGAAAUGCAAUUUGAUAUUAGGAAAGGUUUCUAUUUCGUGACAUAACAUAUGUACGACAGUUUUGUUUUAAUAUAUGUUUCUUGUUUUGCUACUGUAGUUUUCUCAAGGUUUAAAUUUUCACCAGACAAA